AUGCACGCGCAUAUCCCCACAUGGAACACCUCACAAGUGCAGCCAGUGGUUUUUGGGACGCCUUUGCCCGCGUUCCAUCCACAGCAACUGGUCAACGGGCUCCACCUAGCACCGCGGACACAGAUACCGUUUGCAUCGUCGACGGUCGCGUUUCAUGCCCAGCAGGAUGAUUUGAACUCGCGUGGAGUAUCCACGCCGCAUCCCGGACAACGGAUUGCUGAACAACAGACCGCGUACGCGUCCAUGCCCUCAAGCCAGCUGUUUGGGAUGCCCGUGCGUGGCUUCGUAGGGCCGCAGUACGGGAAUGUGGGAUUCAGGUACGGGUACAUCGGCGUACAGCCAGACCCCAUGUUGCACGCGCCCGUAGCUGUCGCGACGCCUCCAGUCGCGCCGUCAACCCCAUUCCCCAGCGCGAAUCAUCCGGAAAUCCAGGCACCAGUGCAAGCCCCGCGGGACCGCAUAGACCCAUUACUGAUGGGUGUGGACACCCAUGCGCGUGCAGACGGCCCUUCGACGGUCGCGGUUCCCGAUGGUUCAGUGCGUGCGGAGAAUGUUGGAGCGGGGAUGAAUGCCAGCGCGCGUGCACAUUCGCCGCCAAUAUGGAACGUGAACUCGCUGUUGCCGGGAAACCCGGACGUCCACAUCCGCACCCCCGCUCAACCGACCGCAGCGGACGAGAACUGUGAAGGUGAACAACCACAGGCGAACGCGGGGAACGCGGUACGGGGAGCGCGUGCAGUUGGAAACGCGGGAAGAGGAAGGGGGACUGGUGCAAGGGGUAACGCGGGAAGAGGAAGAGGGACUAGUGCGAGAGGGAACGCGGGAAGAGGGACAGGUGAGCGUGGGAGAGGUGCGAGAGGAAGGGGUGGGAGUGCGAACGCGGGACGUGGGACAGGUGUGGGACAGAACGGAGGUAGUGCGAACGGGCGGAGCGCGCCUGGGGUGGUAGGCAACGGAGGCAGAGGUACUGGUGGUAACGCGACCGGAGGUACCGGGAACGUGCCAGUCAGUACACCGCGAGUAAGGAGGCGGCGUGUCGAAGUCGUGCCUCACACGGCAUGCCUCGGAUCGCGAGAGGGGAGCGAGGGGGAUAGCGAUGAGGAUGACGAGGAGGACGCUAACGAUGAGGAAGACAGUUGGAAUGAAGAUGACGAAAACUACCUCUCUAACUCGUUGUCCGCGCUCAACGAGGGGGAGGAGGAAGACAACGAACGAGUGCGUGGUACGCGAACGGACUUGGAGGUUCCCAUCGCGGAUUGGAACAGGCUUGGUGUGGAUGACACGCCGGCCGCGAAAAGAGAGGUGUGCAUGGGCAUCCUCUACGGUGUCUCUGAAGCCACGCUGAAGAAAUAUCGCGGUUGGGCAAGAGAGUACAAGCUCUUCAUGGCGCACGAGCUGCCGAAACUGGACGCGAAUAGGUUCGGUGAGGAGGCCGCGUUGGAAAACGCGAACCCCGACGAGAUCGGGGCCGCGCUAGAGCAGAACAUGGGUACUGACUGGAAGACGGCGACGGGCGACGAGCAGUGGUUCCACGGCCCUGAGACGAAUCCGUGGAGGUUAUGCAAAUACGUGACCUUCCUCGCUAACGAGACGGUCGCACAGGCGGACAGGAUGGCCACACUCAAGCGGCCCGACAUAUCCUUGAAGAAGAGACGCCAGUGCUCCCCUGCAAUGCUGAUGGGGCGUCUCAAGGCUCUGAACAUGCUCAUCAAGCUGGACGGGGCCAUCUUCAGGAAGCCGGUUCUGAAUCUGCUGCGCGACUUUGCGGAGUGUCGCAUCUGGGUCCGCGUCCAAGUCUGCGACCAGUACAAGAGGUUCAUCGCGGAACACAUGGAUCGCCAUCGGGGCACGGCCGCGGACACGUACAACCCGGACGAGUUCAAGAAGAUGAUGCGGAAAACCAGCAUGGCCGCCAUCGUGAGCAGCUUCACACUAGCCAAGCAACAGUACACGCAGGCAAUGCAUCGCGACCUCUGCAUCAGGACGAUGACGGUCCUCGGUCAUCACACACUAGCUCGCGGGUGCACGAUCCGAAACCUCCAGCUUCCAGACAUGAUGAUGUGGAAGCUCGGCGCAAAAUCCGAGACGGAUCCAGUGCGGAAUGCGUUCGCGUUUGUCUGCGCGUGCAGGACGGGCAAGACAAACAAGGACUUCUCGCUCAACUACAUCUCGGCAGUGAGACACAUAGAUUGGACUCUCUGCGCGGUCGGAGCCAUGCUGCUAUGGCUGCACUGGGUGUACGACUUGGUCCCUAUCCUCUACGGGGACAUAGCCCCCCCUCUCGACUUCACGGAACCUUCGACGUGUACCAGGAUGGACGCGCAGAACCAAGUGGCCUGCCUCACUGAGUACCUGACACGUUCACAAGCGGACAACACCAGGCUGGGCGUAGAGCUGGCCGCGACCCCAAGACGGGUGAAAGAGCUGGAGGGGCUGCUGGAGGAUCGCGACCGGCAGCUGGCUGCGAAGGACGAGCGCGUGAAUGAUUUGGAAGCCCAGCUGUCGCGUCUCACCGUGAGCAGCUCAGGGCCGACCGCGGAACCGAGUCCGGCAAACACGUCUGGAGCCGCGGCCGCGCCUACCAAUACCGCAACCCCCACCGACCAGGGGACGCGUAAGAAACCAGCACAGCCGACCAGGGAAGAGACAAUUCGGGACGCGAUCAUGAAACCAUGGGUGAACGCGACCAAGCCGUCGGACGGAUGGAAGCUGUACAAGUCCACGCACGCGCUGGUAGGCGAGAGUCCAGAGUCGCUACUGGCCCAACCCCGUGGUGCAGUAACGCGAAUGGCCGAGCUCUUGGGGAAGGAGAAGGGCGGCCAGAACGCCGCCCAGAACGCGAUAAACCGUGUGAAGCGAGUCAUGGACUUCAUCUCCCGCAGGGUGGAGCAGGGAGACAACAUCGCGGUCGUGCUCGAGAAGCUCGACAACGUGUCCCGAGCUGUGGGCAUGUCGGGUGUGUCGGAAGGGAUCGCGGUGAAGAAGAAGAGUGUUGAUUCGUCACAGAGCGAGCUGAAGAAGGGUACUCCUGCGGAGGUGCAGUUGCGGGUUAAAUGGAUGCUUGUACGCGACCGCCUCAUCGAUGCCUCGCUUCCCGCGUCAGAGUUUCCGGUCGCGUGGCCUCAGUACUGUGACCAGAUGCCCCCGCUUGCGUGA